AGCUCUGCUCACUCUCAUCACUUCGCUCCAAGCCAGUGCUAGCCCGGCCCCUUGUGUACGUGAGAGACGGCAUCGUACCGUAGAGCAGCAUCCAUGGCGGCUCAGGGAAGUGGCAGUGCUCGUGGCAGCGGCGCCGCCGCCGCGCUUGCGCUGGUCCUCCUCUGCGUGCUCCUCCACGGCGAGUUGGCCGAGUCGGCGGUGUACACGGUCGGCGACCGCGGCGGGUGGAGCUUCAACACCGCCAACUGGCCCAAGGGCAAGCGGUUCCGCGCCGGCGACGUGCUCGCGUUCAGGUACAACGCCAAGGCGCACAACGUGGUGCCCGUGAGCGCGGCGGGGUACAAGUCCUGCAGCGCGCCCAAGGGCGUGAGGGCGCUCACCACCGGGAACGACCGCGUCACGCUGAAGCGCGGCGCCAACUACUUCAUCUGCAGCUUCCCAGGCCACUGCCAGGCCGGCAUGAAGAUCGCUGUCACCGCCGCGUGAGGCCCCCGGCCGAUCAGCCGCGCCGGCGACGACGACCGCCGGACACACGGGCUCGAUCGGUGGCCAGCUUUUUAUUAUUUUUAUUUCCCUCUCCAAAGUAAAAGCGUCGCGUCCUUAACCUGCGUGCUGGUAGGCGGUGUUAGGUGUGUGGAGACCGGCCGGCACUAUAGAGAACUAAAUCGAAUGAUGGUGUACUCGAUCACUACGUACUGACGUGUAUGAGUUUGUGUUGAUGUGGAGAACAAUAAAGGCAUGUGUACGCGUUUGUAUAUCCUGUACUCAGUUCAUGUGCGAUAUAUAUAUAUGCUAGCUAUGCCUGCUUGAGC